GUUCAUCGGAUGCACCGACGUGGUUUACACACUUCUCGCGCAGUUAGCAAAUGCAAAUCUUAUUGAUAGCGAGGGCAAGACAGCGCUGACGUUGGCGUCCGUCAAUGGCCAUGACCGCGUGGUCAAACUCCUGCUUGACGCCAACGCGUCCAUGCAUGCAAUCGACAACGAAGAACGAACGGCGUUGAUGUUGGCGUCGAUCCAUGGCUGCGACGCUGUUGUCAGACAUCUAUUGCACGCCGGCGCUGCCGUCAACUUUACGAACCCGAACGGCAGAACACCACUUAUGAUGGCGGCCAUGCACGGCCACGAGAUUGCGGUCAAAUGGCUUCUCGAUGCCGAUGCGCAAGUGAACCGAAGCGACAGAACCGACACGACAGCGCUGAUGCUAGCCAGCGCCAACGGUCACGAUCGCGUCGUUCAACGCUUGCUUGCCGCCGGCGCCAACGUUGAUCUCUGCGACAGCAAUGGCUACACCGCACUGUUCCUCGCAUCUCGUCAAGGACACAGUCCCAUCGUGCAGCGACUCCGGAACGCGGGAGCUGUCUUGAGCCUUAACCCAAUGACACCCGAGGAGGGCAAGACGGCGCUGAUGCUGGCGGCCGCCAACGGUCGCGCCCAAGUGGUGGUCGAGCUACUUCAACGCUCGGCCGACAUGAGUUGCAUCGACAUUGAAGGAAGGACGGCAUUGAUGCUGGCCUCGGCCAACGGACACGUCCACGUGGUCCAACACCUUGAAUCCAACUCGGGCCCUCUUGGCCUCAUGGACAAUAAAGGGCAAACAGCGUUGAUGCUGGCGUCUGUGAAUGGACACGUGGACGUGGUGCAACGCCUUCUUGACCGCUCGGCGGACCCUAACCUCAUUGAUCUGGAUGGCAAGACGGCGUUGAUGAUAGCGUCCGCUAAAGGCUACGAAAAUGUGGUCCAACGACUCGUUGACCGCUCUGCUACGCUCGACCUUGUUGAUCCCGAGGGGAAAUCAGCGUUGAUCCUGGCGAUUCAAAACGGGCACGACGCGGUGGCUCGAAUUUUGCUUACCCGACGAGCCAACAUCAAUCUCACCGACGAAGACGGGAAGACAGCGCUGAUGUUCGCAGCUGGAAAUGGCCAUGACGCGAUCGUCCAACACCUACUACGCGCACUUGCCGACAUGAACGCGACCGACAACGAUGGCAAGACCGCGCUGCUCAUGGCAUCUACAAACGGGCAUGAAAUUGCCGUCAAGUUGCUCAUCAAUGCCCACGCAGACGUGAAUCUCAGCGAUCUCCACGGCAAGACGCCGUUGAUGAUGGCGGCCAUGCACGGCCACGAGAUUGCGGUCAAAUGGCUCCUCAACGCACGUGCCGAUGUGGACGUCAGCGACAGAAACGACACGACAGCGCUGAUGCUCGCCAGCGCCAGCGGUCACGAUCGCGUCGUUCAACGCUUGCUUGCCGCCGGCGCCAACGUUCAUCUCUGUGACAGCAAUGGCCACACCGCACUGCUUCUUGCGUCGCGCCAAGAACACAGUGCCAUUGUGCAGCGCCUUCAGAACGCGGGAGCCGCCAUGGACCCUGACCCUACGGCAACGACCGACACGAAACCCGCGGUAAAUUGGCCGAACGCCAUCAUGAACUAUGACAAACAACAACUUGUCUUCUAG